UAAGGAAAUAAUAACGUAGAGGAAGAUUUCUUCAGCACCGCGACUCCAUGCUAGGUAAAGCCUUACCAACUUGCGGCUAAAGUGGCCCUCGGCCAGUACUGAAAAAAAUCCGGAAGGAGUAGAUUUGAUGGUGGCGUCACACGUGCGAGGUGAAAAAGUCGCGAGUGGUGUUACUGCAGGCUUACCGAGAGUGAGCAGGCAAGAGAAGAGGCGGGUCAUAGUCAGACGAAUUUGUUUAAAGAGAAUCACUUCUAACAGCCUUUGAAAAAAACUACAACUAUUUUGAAAGAAAUGGUGGUUUUUACAUGUAAUGCAUGUGGAGAGUCUGUGAAAAAGGGGCAGGUCGAAAAGCAUGUAAACAUGUGCCGGAAUUGCCAAUGCCUUUCUUGUAUGGAUUGUGGUAAAGAUUUCUGGGGAGAUGAUUAUAAAAGUCAUGUGAAGUGCCUAAGUGAAGAGCAGAGGUAUGGUGGCAAGGGGUAUGAAGCCAAAAUUCACAAAGGAGAUGUCAAACAGCAGGAGUGGAUUCAGAAGAUUCAUGAAGCAAUAAAGGAAACAAACAUUAACCCCAAAGUUCGAGAUAUUUUAGAACAGAUGUAUGUCUAUGACAAUAUUCCAAGAAAAAAGGGGAAGUUUCAGAACUGGAUGUCCAACAGUCUGAAAAUACACAGCACCGCUCUACAGGACCAGGUGUGGGGUAUUUUUUCACAAGCUACCAGAAAGGAAACAACUGAAAAGCAGCCAGCAAACAGUGAAGUUAUUCCAACACCAUCAGAAGAUAGUGUGGUAAAAAUGGAAAAACCUACAAAGAGAAAGAACAAAAGAGAGCAAAAGGAGGAGAGGAAAAAUAUAAAAAAGACCAAGGAAUUAAGCUUACAAACUCAACAAGAGAGCCUAAAACUGAUAAAAAGCAAAAAGUCUAAGAGAGAAGGAGCAGAGGAUGAGAGUGCAAGUAUGUCCAGAAAGAAUUAUUUGAAGAUGAGAAAGCAGCAGCAAGCGGUUUCAGCUGAACUGGAAAUGAAUGAAAAUGGUGUUGAUACAAAAGAGGCAAGGAGCAAAGCAAGUGUGAAGAAACGCAAGUGUAACCUCUCAGAAGUAAAUGUAGAUGAAUCUCCCAUUGCACAAAAAAGAAUGAACAAUUCAGAAACAGAAGAAAAUGGGGAUGAGCAUCAAGGCAAAUUCAGUUGGAAAGGAACUAUAAAAGCCAUUCUGAAGCAAGCACCUGAUAAUGAAAUGUCAAUUAAGAAACUAAGGAAAAAGGUUUUGUCCCAGUAUUAUGCAGUAGGAGGUGAUCACCAUAAAUCUGAAGAAGAAAUUCUGGCCCUGUUUAAUAAGAAAGUCAACAGCAAUCCUAAAUUUAGAGUUUUAAAGGGAAAGGUUAAACUUUUGAAAUAGUUUUUUAUGGUCAAAUAAUGAUUUUAUAGCUUGUGUCCAAUUUUGUUAUCAGAUGUAAAGAUAGUUUUCAGAUGCAUAUAUCAGCAAACCUUGCUUGUAUUUGACUGUGAAAUUCCUUCUUUAUUUCACAUGCAAUUUGUAUUGAUUAAAAAGUUACUUUU